AUGGCAAUCUCUCGUAACACAUCUCUGGGAAUCUAUUAUCUCUUUCUUAUAUUUGUAAUCUCCAUAGUUACUGCUCAAUUUCCUAAUAAUACUGCAGGCACAGAAUUUACAUGGUCGGCAGGCUCACCAUUGUCGUGCAAUACAUAUGUUACAUAUCGUGCAAGACAGCCCUAUUCUGAUCUUGGAAGUAUAUCUGAUCUGUUUGGAAUAAGCAGAAUGGAUAUAGCAUCAGCCACUAGUCUCACAUCGGAGAAUCAUUCACUGUUUCCGGAUCAGCUUUUACUGAUACCCAUCAAAUGUACUUCCAAUGGAACACAUUAUUUCUCCAACGUCACCUAUCGGAUCAAGAAGGAUGACAUCUUCUAUUCGGUUUCAAUCAAGCCGUUCCAGAAUCUGACGAACUAUUAUGUGGUUGAGGAGAUGAACCCCAUGCUGAAUCCAAACAACUUGACGAUUGGGGUGGAGGUGGUCUUUCCUUUGCUCUGUAAGUGCCCCAAGAAGUCAUACACAGAAAAGGGAAUCAAAUACCUUAUCACUUAUAUAUGGCAGCCUGGUGAUCAGAUGUUGUCUGUGAGUAGUAUGUUUAAUGCAUCAAUAUCUGAUAUUGUGAUGGAGAACAAUAACAGAAACUUCAGUGCUGCAAUAUGCCUCCCGGUGUUGAUUCCGGUGAAGUCGCCGAUCCUUUCACAACUUUUUCCUUCUUCAGCUGCUCAUCGGAAAUCGAAACAUCGUUGGGUCCUAAUAGCAAUUUCAAGUGCUGUUAUAGCUCUUUUGAUUGUUUUCUCAGGUCUUGUUGCAUACUUCCAUGUCUUAUACAAGAAAAAGAAGACGUUGGCUCGCAAUGUUUUUUCUGUAGGAACUUCGGAUCUAAUUCGAGCCUACAAAGUGUCCAAAGGUGAACUGUUUGAGCCGAAGACUAUUCAGGAUAAGCUACUCCCUGGAGUAUCAGGCUAUCUUGGCAAGCCAAUAGUGUACGACCUAAAUGUGAUUAUGAAGGCAACUAUGAACCUCAGUGAACGCUACAGAAUCGGAGGGUCGGUGUACAAAGCCAUGAUCAAUGAUCAGGUUCUUGCGGUAAAGAAAACAAGAGAUGCAGCAGAGGAGCUCCAAAUACUACAGAGGGUAAGUCAUGCAAACUUAGUGAAGUUAAUGGGAGUUUCCUCAGAUGAUUAUGGGAACUUUUACAUAGUCUAUGAAUAUGUUGAGAAUGGAUCCUUGGAUAAGUGGCUGUCCCCAAAAGUUUCAGCUUCUUCAGCCAGAGUUGAAUCGUUCAGUUGGAACCAAAGGUUGCUUAUAGCCCUAGAUAUAGCCAAUGGUCUCCAGUACCUGCACGAACAUAGUCAACCUAGUAUAGUUCACAAGGAUAUCAGAACAAGCAACAUACUCCUGGAUUCUAACUUUAAAGCCAAGAUCGCAAAUUUCUCUGCAGCCAGACCAGCUACUUGCUCCAUCAUGCUAAAAAUCGAUGUGUUUUCUUUUGGAGUUGUGCUCUUGGAGUUACUUUCGGGCAAGAAGGUGAUGGAGACGAAGGACAACGGUGAAGUUGUGAUGUUAUGGAAAGAAGUAAAGGAAAUCUUGGAUAUUGAAGAUCAAAGGAAAGAGAGACUGAGGAGGUGGAUGGAUCCGCUCUUGAAAAGCUCUUACCCAAUUGAUGAUGCUCUGAGCUUGGCAAUCUUGGCGAGAGCAUGUACAUCAGAGAAGUCCUCCGAGAGACCAAGAAUGGCAGAAAUCGUUUUCAACCUAUGUGUCCUCAUCCAAUCAUCCCCUCAAAUGUCUGAAGAAUCAUGGGUUUCAAAGUUUGAAGCCGAGGAAGUCCUCCCUGUAACAAAUCCAGUCAUAGCUCGUUGAGCAUUUUCCGUGUUGCUAUUCCACUCAGAGCUCAUAGUAGCUUUCCUAAUUCUCAGUCCAGUCAUAUUCGCACAGGUUCUAGUUACGACAUAAUGUAAUGAGAAGUUAACAGAAACUCUCUUGUUCUGCACUUACAAAAAUGUAAACAAUCUAUGUCAGUGUAUAUGGGGAGAAAAGACCUUAUUCUGAACAA